AGUGCCCAGAAUGCAAAUUUCUACAUCUCCCACCAAAAGCAUUUUCAAAAUUCCAGAUACCUUCUCUGUAUCAAAUUUCUCCCAAAAAAGAAAAAGGCGCCUGCAAUCAUGAGCUCUGCGGCAAUACCAAAGGGAGGCCGAGGCAAGCCAAAGGCCAAAGCCGUCUCCAAGUCUAGCAAAGCGGGUCUCCAGUUCCCUGUAGGCCGUGUCGCUCGAUUCCUCAAGAAAGGACGAUAUGCCGAGCGUGUUGGAUCUGGCUCUCCCGUCUAUCUUUCCGCUGUCCUUGAGUAUCUCGCCGCUGAGGUUUUGGAGUUGGCUGGGAACGCUGCGAGGGACAACAAGAAGAACAGAAUUGUUCCAAGGCAUAUUCAGUUGGCUGUGAGAAACGAUGAAGAAUUGAGCAAGCUGUUGGGAGGUGUGACGAUAGCGAAUGGAGGGGUUUUGCCCAAUAUUCAUCAGAAUCUGCUGCCUAAGAAGGCUGGGAAAGGAAAGGGCGAGGUCGGCUCCGCUUCUCAGGAAUUCUAGAGGGGGAGGGUACAGUAGCAUAGUGGGUCAUGUGGAUGGGUUGGGUAUUGUUGAUAGCAUGUAAUGAAAGUAUGGUUUUGCAUGUGUAAAUCGCUUUAAAGGGUAGAAUGGAAUUUUGCUCUAGCUUUUGUGCAGUU